GCAGCCAACCAGCCGGCGCGAAAGACUGCGUCUCUCGGGGCCGCGCGUGUUCGUCUCAUCCGCUACAUGAGGAUCUAAAGGCGCCGUAAGAAUUCCCGCGGAGUCUUGGCGGGAGAGACACGAGAACCAUGGACGUCGUGGAAACGCGCGUUUUUCUGCCACUCGCAAUUCUAAUAAUCAGCCGUUGCCACGCUCUUCUGGACAGUCUUCUGGAAGACAACAUCUCAGUUUCCUCCUGUGAUUUCGAAACACCUUGCCUAUGGACUUUGUCAAAUCACAGCAACCAAAGUGACUGGUCGCUGGUGUCUGCGCGGCGACUGGAGAGCACACAGCAGGCAGGUUUCAAGCCUGAGGCGGACCACUCGGAGGGGAGCGCUGACGGUAAAUUUUUGCUUCUAAGCCCCGCCCCUGAUUCCAAAGUGGCAGGGAGUUGUGAGUACCACUUAACCAGCCCAGUAAUAACCAGAGGAGAGCACCUAUGUGUUUUGUUAUUGGCUGUGUACGAGUCGUCACCAACAGCAGGGGACCUCUUGGUCCUGAUCAAACCCCUCACCUCCAGUUCAUUUGCGGACGCCAUCGUCAUCCAUCCUGAGAGACAAAAAGACACCAGGACUGAGUGGGAAGCAGUGGAGAUUUUUAUAGGCCAAGUGGACCAGCCUUUCCAAGUGACCCUGAGCUAUACUGGGUGUGUGGAGGACGGAGCCACUGUGGCUCUUGACUCUCUGCAGUUCUUAGUUUGUGAGCCAGAUGACGAGGAUCAUGCGCUCAAACCAGACGUGGACUGUGGCGAUCAUUUCUACUGUAAAAACCCUGAAUAUUGCAUCGACCAAAAGCAAGUGUGCGAUUUCCACACUGAUUGCCCCUUAGGAGAAGAUGAGGGUUUCAUCUGCGGUGCACUUCCAUUUGGCUCACACUGCUCAUUUGAGCAGGAUGCUUGUGGUUGGUCGGUGUCCAAGCUGCACUCAGCCUGGAGGAGGGUGGCCAGUGAUGAGCUUCUGCAGAACGAAGACAUGCAGGGUCUCACCCUGAAAAGUACUCCAGGACACUUCUUGUUUCUGGAGAUAAGACCGAGACAUUCCCUGCAGGAGGCGUCUGUUCAGAGCCACUUUUUUCCUCCUCCUGUCUCCAAUAAGACUUGCCAGAUGCGUUUUUCCUUUCACCUGUUUGGCCGCUUCAAUGGCUCCUUGUCUGUGGCUUUGGAGGAAAAUGGGACCGCCACUGCACCCCUGGUUUGGGAGAUAAAGAGCCCUUCAAAUGAGGAUUGGGAGGAUGUUGUCCUGCCGCUGACUGGACUUCAUCAUGAGUUUAGUGUUAAAGUGACAGCUGUUUGGCUCCAAGGUUCCAAUGCUGAUGUUGCCCUGGAUGAUUUUGCAAUAGGUGCAACCUGCUUUGACACAGAUCUCAACGCUUUUCUGCUCAUGGCCGACCUGAGGGAUUUCUUAAGUCCGCUCGCAGAGCCUUCGUCAUCAGAUGUGUCUCUGAUGACCUGGUUUUUCAACUCAUGUGGCGCGAGUGGUCCCUACGGGCCCACACAGGCCCAGUGUGACAGUACCUACAGGAACAAAAAUGUCAGCGUGACUGUGGGGAAAGACGGGCCCUUAAAAGGAGUCCAAAUGUGGAAGGUCCCUGCCACCAACCGGUACCUGAUCUCCGCCUACGGGGCUGCAGGAGGGAAAGGAGCCAAAACCCACAAUAAACGCAACCACGGCAUUUUCAUUUCGGCCGUGUUCCCUCUGGAAAAAGGGGAUUUACUCUACAUCCUAGUGGGUCAUCAAGGAGAGGACGCAUGCCCUGGAAGAAACGACCAAACCCAGGAGAUUUGCCUGGGGGAGUCUUCUGUGAUCGAAGAAGGCCUGCAAGCAGAGGCUGGCGCAAAGUGGGCUGGCGGAGGAGGUGGAGGAGGAGGAGCGACCUACAUCUUUAAGGUGGAGGGUGACGAGCUGGUUCCCUUGAUGAUUGCGGCUGGAGGAGGAGGAAACGCUUACAUGGAAGACCCGGAGACCAGUCUGGAUCAGAUACCCCUGGAGCAGUUUGAAAACAGCACCACAGCCCCCAGUACCAACGGCCGAACCGGCAGGGCAGGUGGAGGUGGAGGCUGGAAGGACAGUCCAGUCGCUGACCCCGUGGCAGGCGGGUCCCUGGUGGAAGGCGCCAGGGGGGGUGCAGCAUGUGAUUUGGCCCAGUCGAAACUGGGCUGGUCCACCUACGGGGGUUUUGGAGGCGGAGGUGGUGCCUGCACUUCUGGAGGAGGCGGAGGCGGGUACAGAGGAGGUGACGCUGCUCUAACGGACGACAUCACAGCUGAUGGCCGCGAUGGAAUCUCCUUCAUCAACCCGAUAGGCGAAAUUUACCUGCAGCCUCUGGCAGCUAUGGAGAGUCACGGCGAGUGUGAGAUCAAGGUGCAGCUCAACUGCAGCCACUGCCAGUCACAAAGCUGCAAGCGUGAUGAAGUUACUCACCUUAUCCUCUGCCUGUGCCACGGCGAUGACUUCCUGGCCGGCGAUAACGUCACAUGCAUUGGUACAGUAGCAGCUCCUCAAGUCCCACCUCCGCAGGGCCACAUGUCGACCACGUUGAUCCUGGCUGUUGUCACCUCCACCGUCGUCAGCGGAGUCGCGUUGAUCUGCGCCGGCGUCCUCCUCAUGUGGCACCGUUGGAAAAACGAUCUGCAGGCAGUGAGGGGCCGCCUCCAGAGUCCCGAGUACAAACUGAGCAAGCUCCGCUCCUCCACCAUCAUGACGGACUAUAACCCAAACUACUGCUUCGCCGGGAAGGCUGCGGGGCUCAACGAGCUGAAGGAAGUGCCGCGCAAAAACAUCUCGCUGCUCAGAGCUCUCGGCCACGGCGCCUUUGGUGAAGUAUAUGAGGGUCAGGUCCUCGGCAUGAGCGCUGAUAACAGCCCCAUGCAGGUGGCCAUAAAGACCCUUCCAGAAAUCUGCUCGGAACAGGAUGAGAUGGACUUCCUCAUGGAGGCACUGAUCAUGAGCAAGUUCAACCACGAGAACAUUGUACGCUGUAUCGGCGUCAGUCUUAACAUCCUGCCUCGUUUCAUCCUCCUGGAACUCAUGACGGGAGGAGACAUGAAGACCUUCCUGAGGAAGAACAGACCUCAACGCGGCCAAGUUCCUCCCCUCAGCAUGCACGAGCUGCUGCAAAUGGCGAGAGACAUUGCACGUGGGUGCCGUUAUCUGGAGGAAAACCACUUUAUACACAGAGAUAUUGCUGCAAGGAAUUGCCUGCUCACCUGUCCCGGACCGGAAAGGGUGGCCAAGAUUGGAGACUUUGGCAUGGCCCGAGAUAUUUACAGAGCCAGCUACUACAGGAAAGGUGGUCGUGCCAUGCUGCCUGUCAAGUGGAUGCCACCUGAGGCCUUCAUGGAGGGAAUCUUCACCUGCAAGACCGAUACAUGGUCAUUUGGGGUACUGCUAUGGGAGAUCCUCUCUCUGGGUUACAUGCCGUACCCCUGUAAGACCAACCAGGAGGUGCUGGAGUUUGUCACCAGUGGAGGCAGGAUGAACCCUCCAGAGGGCUGCCCGGGCCCUGUCUAUCGGAUCAUGACCCAGUGUUGGCAACAUUGUCCGGAACACCGGCCCAACUUCUCCACCAUACUCCAGAGAAUCAACUAUUGCACUCAGGACCCAGAUGUGAUCAGUACACCCCUCCCAGUGGAAUAUCGGCCCACCGCAGACGACGAUGGCGGCGCAGCCAUCCUCCCCUCUGAUCACACGCCCGGCAACUUCACUCCCCUCCCCAUCUCCUUGGACUCCUCCUCUUCCUCCCAGCUUGGCCAAAUGGCGCCCUCGGCCCUUCUCUCGCAGCCCGCCAAGCCUUGCCUCUUCCUCCAGAGAAGCCAGCCCAUCCAGCAGGAGGCGACGUCGUGCCGGGACGUUCUCCCAGAGAACGAGCCCAUCCCGCCGGCUCCUGGGGCCCACUGGCUCCACCCCGAGCCUCCCCUGCAGCUACCCAAAAACGGCCAAUCCUCGGGGAGCCAACGGCUGAAGAACAAAACUAAGAAUUUGUGGAACCCGACGUACGGCUCGUGGGUUUUGGAUAGCUUCAUGGUGAAGAAGACCCUGGCUCCCACUCAGUCUGUUCCCCUCUCAAGCCCCCCUUCUACUUCCUGCAGCGCACCAGCUGUUCAGUCCGGCAGUGCAGCCACAGAGUCCAACCAGGCAGGCGGUGAAAUCUCCAAACCUCCCAGCUUCUGCUCUUCUCCAUUGCCUCCCCGCCAGGGUCCGAUCACACCCAAUGGGGACUCCAAUAAGAGCCAAAACAGCGGCGGGCAGUCAACGGGCGCCACGGACCUAGCGAAGUUCCACAGUUUCCCUUGCGGUAACGUCAACUACGCCUACGACGAGCAAAGCUACGAGGCGGAGAGCUUGCCCUUGGUGGUCCAGACUAAAGCCCCGGACGUCCUCAAAAACACCAUCUCUGCCCCCAGCGUGUCCUCGGGCUUCGGGCUGUCCCUGGGAAUGAACGCGUCCUCCUCCUUCUGCAUGCCCAAGCUGCUGCUCAAGCGCCACGCCAGCUACGGACACGAGGACGUGAGACGACACGCAAAAGCCGAGAAGCCCACGCGAGACCGAGACUCUGGGUUCUCUCUGUCCGAAGACCUGAGCGUCACCCCGAUCUAGGACUGAACCUCUACUAGGUUUUGUGGGCAAACAUCAUUCAUUGACAAACACAGCUUUGUUAAAGUAGCAGCUUUUAACAGCAUGAUGGGACAUUAAAAAAAAAAACCUGCUCAAAUAAUCAAUAAUUAUUUUGACCAAGUACCAACAUAAUGACCAAUAUUAAAAUACAGUAGCAUAGUAGGCCUAAUUAUUUAUUAAAAACAAGGCACAGGUUUUAUUUAACAAGUAUAUUUAAUGUUUGGCCACUGUAACAUUACACACAGUUUGAACAGUAACACUGUGUUUGAGUAUUUAAUCAAGUGAUUCUUUGGCGUACCACUAGAUGGAGCCCGAGUACCACUGGUCCACAGCUUGACACAGAGCACACGCUGUGCAUAGGGCCCCGCGAUGCAUUUUGUAUUAAAAAUGUCAAAUAAUUAACCAUAUUCCUAGCCCCUUCCUGCUCCAUCACUGAAGUGAAUGAUAUUUAUAUAGCGCUUUUUGUCUAGUGACUCAAAGCGCUUUUACAUAGUGAAACCCAAUAUCUAAGUUACAUUUAUACCAGUGUGGGUGGCACUGGGAGCAGGUGGAUAAAGUGUCUUGCCCAAGGACACAACGGCAGUGAAGCGGGGACCAAACCUGGAACCCUCAAGUUGCUGACACGGCCACUCUACCAACCGAGCUAUACCGCCCCAUCACUGAUACAAAUAUGAUGCCAACUUUCCCCAGCAAUUCUCACUGUCUCAGGUGGAAGAAAGUAACAAUUAUGUCGAACAACAAAAAAAGCAUUAUUGAACAGUUUUCGUUUUAGUACAAAAAUGCAUCAAAUUAAAUUCAAGUUUGAUUAAAAAAUUAUAAAAAUUGUUUCACUAAAAGUGUGAAAAAGUUCUGUAAAAGUUUGAGGAAUGCCUCAAAAUAAAAUUCUGUUUCAGGCCCCAGUUUAGCCAAAUGUGUGCUUGUUGAAGCCCCUUUUGCCUGAAUAAUAUCACACAUUUGAGGCUUAUUUUACUCCCCAAAGAGCAGAUUUAGUCCUCCGUCUCAACUAAAAAUGUAUUUUAUCUUCCAACAUUGGAAUUUGUUUUUCUUAAGCUGCUGGACCUCAACUAAUGUCUUCCAGGGGAGACUUGCAUUACACUUUGACAAACCGCCGCUCUGAUAACAGAACAGGCUUUUUUCUUCCUCUUGUCAGUACACUAGUUUUGGUGUGGCCCAGCCAGAGCCCAGACCUAAAUCUUAGAGCUUGUGCACAAGACUUGUUUUUAAAUGAAUUGUAAAGGGCCGCAAGGGGAGGGUGUCACAUGUAUACAAUACACACACAAAAAAAGAAAAAUGAACAGUAACAAAGUAAAGUAAACAAGAUAAAUUGAGUACCUUCAAGGUAGAAAAUCGCUAUACAAGUAUAACCCAUUUAUCAUUUAUUAUUAUAAAUAUAUGUCCACAGCAAUGGUGGAUGGUGGUGAUAGUUCAAUAAAUACAAAAAAUAGUAACAAAAAAUAAAAUAAAACAAAAAGACAGGCCUAGGCAAUUAUUUUGACUCGGGGGCCAAAUUUAGAGAAAGAAAAUGUGUCUAGGGGCCGGUAUAUUUAAUUUUAGGAAGAAUAAUAUAAAACCUCACAAUAAAGUCUGAUUGAAUGCUAAAAACUUUAUGACAAACCGCCUUAAAAACGGAAUGGAAUUUUACAUUUUUCUAUGAACGAUAAAACACUGAAUAUUGACAACAUAUGAACGUCACAUACCCUCUAUACAUAUUUUACAAUCAAGCAAAACGCAACAAUAAUGCGACAAACAGCGAAAUACGAAUGCAAAGGGUAAAAAAAAACCCACCUACAAUCUUAUAUAUCACUAAGCUUUAGAUCUUUGCUGUGAAAAUCUCCUUCCGCGUCUGUCCCUGACACCCACAUUUCAGGCUGACACCCACACUGCUUGGUGCCUCGUCUGAGCUGCUGUGACUUAGAUUACCAUAGUAACUAAUUAGAUUACCAUAGUAAAUAAUUAAACUAACAUAGUAACUAAUUAGAUUACCAUAGCAGCCAGUAAAUCAUGCAAAAGUGCAGAUUCCAACCAUUGAAAUACUUUGUAUAGUUCAAGCCUUACGGUCAUUUGAAAGCAUCACUGCACAUCAUAAUGGCAGCUACACUUUCCAUCUUAAAGAUCUAAAAAAAAUAUUUGGAAAUGUCCUGAAACAGCACCCAGUAAAGGACGGUGUAACAAUAAUGUUGUCCGGGUGGAAAUCGGGAGAAAUAUAAGAGAAUGGCUGACCCCGGAGAUUUUCGGGAUAGGUACUGAAAUUCGAGACUCUCCUAAAAAAAUCGCGAGGGUUGGCAAGUCUGCUAUUAGUUCCCAUAAUGUAACUAUUUUUAUUAUGGGCCCGCUGCGAAUCAAAGAGCCUACUCACAGCUCCUAAUGGGUCGUACCAUGCUAAUGUUUUUGCUAACAUUUUGGCUAAUUUUAUCUGUUUGAACCUAAAAAUUAUGAAUGUUGAGGCUUGGCACCAUUUUACAUGUAUGCUCAUUUUUCCUGUGUUUGUAUGCUAACAUUAGCAGGUUGAUGUUUUAUGCUAACAUUUGAGCUCAUUUUAAUCAAUGAAACGUAAAGAUCAAAGAUGUUGUAAUUGACGCAUUCUCAAGGGGUAUGCUGAUUGCUCCAAUGUUCACAUUGACAUGCUAACAUUUUAUGCUAAAAUUUAUGUUUGAACCGAAAAAUCAUGGAUUUUGACACCCGGCGCCAUCUUGCAAGUAUGAUAACGUUUUCUAUGUUAGCAAGCUAAUAUUGGCUAAUAUGCCUGCAAUUGAAAUUAUGUUACUUAACUAAACCUAAAAAUUAUGGAUUUCAAUACUUAGCGGCAUCUAGCAAGUAUGCUCAUUUUUCUGCUAACCUUAGCAUGCUAAUGAUUUUUGCUAACAUUUUCACUAAUUUGUUUAAACAUAAAAAUCAUGGAUUUCCUUACUUAGUGACGGCUUCUUUAUUAGCAUGCUAACAUUAAAAUAUUAUUUAGCUAACCUUAGGAUAGUAACUUUUUUUCAGUUAAUUUGCUUUAAAACAACUGCCCAAAAUGGACCAAGUCGGUCUUCAAGCAACUCUGGCCUGAGGUUCACAACACAGACAGCAGGCCCAUCAGAAUCUACCUGGGAAUUUUAUUUUUUACUGUAGUUCUAUUAUAUUGUAUCAAAAAGCUGCUAUUUUAACGAGACUGUUGUUGUUGUUUUUGCAUUGCAAUGCUGGUAUAGAAAAAACUCUCACACACUCUUCUGCGCUGUGAUAAGUCCGAGAGCUGUACUCUUUUUCUUUCUUUGGACGUUUUUCUCUCGUGCUUCUUCUUCCAAACGUUGUCUCCAAGAUGCUGAAAUGUAGACAUUUUAAAGCAUCAGACUUUUUAUUCACUGAGCACACACACACACACACACACACCCACACACACACACACACACACACACCACAACUACUACAGUAUGAUAUUGUAUAUUUUUCUACUAAGAACUCCAGUAGAAGAAAAAAACAUUUUAAAGACAAGUAGGUUAACGAAGUAUUUCAUCCACGUUUACUGCUAUUGUUGUCAUGGAGACGUCACGCUAUUAACUAUCAGGACCCACAGUUGGUGGCUGUAGGUUCGGGAUUUUGGUACUUGUCCAAUAUUAAGUACUAUCCAUCCAUCCAUUUUCUACCG